AUGGUUUGGAGACAAGCUUCGGUCGUGGCCGUCUUGUUACUCUGCUUUUUCACCAAGGUGUCAGUGGGGUCUGGACAAUUCGAGCUGCAGAUUUUAUCAAUGCACAACGCUAAUGGGGAGUUGCACAGCGGAGAAUGUUGCGAUGGCGCACGGAACACCGGGGAUCGGAAGUGCGCCCGGAGCGAAUGCGAUACGAUUUUUAAAGUUUGCCUGAAGGAAUACCAGUCUCGGGUCUCAGCUGCAGGGCCCUGCAUCUACGGAAUGGGAUCUACGCCUGUCCUGGGAGGGAAUACGUUUUCUUUCAAGAGCGCUAACAGGAAUGACAAAUCCAGGAUUGUUUUGCCCUUCACUUUUACCUGGCCGAGGUCCUACACUUUGAUAGUGGAAGCCUUGGACUUCAGCAAUGAAACCAGCGGUUCUGAUGGGAGAUUGAUUGCAAAGGCUUCGAUCUCUGGGAUGAUCAACCCGAGUCCACACUGGCAGAAGUUCAGCCACCCUGGACCCCCAGCACAGUUCGAGUACCAGAUUCGCGUCAGCUGCGACGAAAACUAUUAUGGAUUUGGGUGUAACGCGUUUUGUCGUCCAGUAGAUGAGUUUUUUGGACAUUAUACUUGUGACAGCAACGGGAACAAGACGUGCCUCGAGGGCUGGUCCGGACCUGACUGCACUACGGCGAUCUGUCGACAAGGCUGCAGCCCUGAACAUGGGACGUGUGAACUGCCAGGCGGCUGCAAGUGUCUGUACGGAUGGCAGGGCCAGUACUGUGAUAAGUGCAUACUUCACCCAGGCUGCGUCCAUGGCACCUGUGUGGAGCCCUGGCAGUGCCUCUGCGACACCAACUGGGGCGGCCAUCUUUGUAAUAAAGAUCUAAACUAUUGCGGCACUCACCAGCCCUGUCUGAAUGGUGGGACAUGCAUCAACACAGGACCAGACAAGUACCAUUGCACCUGCGCUGAGGGCUACUCCGGAGCCAACUGUGAGAGGGCGGAACAUGCCUGCCUCUCCAACCCCUGUCUGAAUGGAGGAAGCUGCUCUGAAACUAGCCACGGCUACGAGUGUCAGUGCUCACCGGGCUGGAGCGGAGAAUCCUGCUCCGACAAUGUGGAUGAGUGCUCUCCGUCCCCCUGUAACCACGGCGGCACCUGCCAGGACCUCGUGAACGGCUUCAAGUGCCACUGUCCUCCUCAGUGGUCGGGAAAGACGUGUCUGAUCGAUGCAAACGAAUGUGAGAGUAAACCCUGUGUGAAUGCAAACUCGUGCCGUAACCUGAUCGGUGGAUACUUCUGCGACUGUAUGGCGGGUUGGACAGGGCAGAACUGCGACAUCAAUAUAAAUGACUGUAAAGACCAGUGCCUGAAUGGGGGGACUUGUAAGGAUUUGGUGAAUGGCUACCGCUGCCUGUGCCCCCCUGGUUUUGCCGGUGAAAACUGUGAGCGGGACAUCGACGAGUGUGCAAGUUCUCCGUGUUUGAACGGUGGCCGAUGUCAAGAUGAAGUCAAUGGAUUCCAGUGUCUGUGUUUGGCUGGCUUCUCAGGGAAUCUUUGCCAGCUGGAUAUUGAUUACUGCCUGCCCAAUCCCUGUCAGAAUGGGGCUCGCUGCUUCAACCGGGCCACAGACUACUACUGCUCCUGUCCCGAAGACUACGAGGGCAAGAACUGCUCCCAUCUCAAGGACCACUGUAGAACCACCACUUGUAAAGUGAUUGACAGCUGCACUGUUGCCGUGGCGUCCAACAGCACUCCUGGAGGCGAGCGCUACAUCUCUUCAAACGUGUGCGGACCUCACGGACGGUGCAGGAGCCAGGCGGGCGGACAGUUCAGCUGCGAAUGCCAAGAGGGAUUCAGAGGGACCUACUGCCAUGAAAACAUCAACGACUGUGAGAGCAACCCGUGUCACAACGGCGGCACGUGCAUCGACAAAGUCAGCGUGUACCAGUGCAUCUGCGGCGACGGCUGGGAGGGCACCAACUGCGAAAUCAACAUCGACGACUGCAGCACCAGUCCAUGUCAUAACGGAGGGACGUGCCGAGACCUGGUGACGGAUUUCUUCUGCGAGUGUAAAAAUGGCUGGAAGGGAAAGACUUGCCACUCCCGUGAAAGCCAGUGCGAUGAAGCCACAUGCAAUAACGGAGGGACCUGCCAUGACGAGGGCGAUACGUUCCAGUGCAAGUGUGCGCCAGGAUGGGAGGGGACCACGUGUAACAUUGCCAAAAACUCGAGUUGUCUCCCCAACCCCUGUGAGAACGGCGGCACCUGCGUGGUUACGGGCGAGUCUUUCACCUGCGUGUGCAAAGAAGGCUGGGAAGGUCCGACGUGCACUCAAAAUACCAACGACUGCAGUCCGCACCCUUGCUACAACAGUGGGACUUGUGUGGACGGGGAUAACUGGUACCGCUGCGAGUGUGCGCCCGGAUUUGCUGGUCCAGACUGUCGGAUCAAUAUUAACGAGUGUCAGUCGUCUCCCUGCGCUUUUGGCUCCACCUGUGUCGAUGAAAUCAAUGGAUACCGCUGCAUGUGUCCUCCAGACAGGACGGGUCCCCACUGUCACGAAGAAACAAGAAAACCAUGUAACGUUAAUGGCCACAUAACCGCAGAUGGAAUGAAAUGGGAUGAAGACUGCAACACUUGCCACUGUUCCAAUGGGAAAGUGGUGUGUACAAAGAUGUGGUGCGGUGCCAAGUCGUGUAAGCUCGGCGCAAAGGGUCGAGGGGGGUGUCCGGCGGGCCAGAGCUGCUCACCCGUGCGGGAGGGCCAUUGUUUCGUCAAGCCAUGUCUGGAGGAGGGCGAGUGCUGGUGCAGUAAUCCAGCCACCUCGCCUCACAAAUGCCACCUUAGCUCCAAUUUCCACGACGACAGCUGCGCUAACAUCACCUUCACGUUCAACAAGGAGAUCAUGCCACAAGGCUUAACGGUCGAAGGGGUCUGCAAGCAGCUACGGAGACUGUACGUGGUGAAAAACUUCUCUUUGGAGCAUUCCGUGUCCAUAACUUGCGACCCAUCGUUCUCAGCCAGCAACGAAAUCCACGUCUGCAUCUCGACCGAUGACCACCGCUUGGACCGCAGCCCGAGCAAAGAGAUUAUAGACAGGAUACUAGACUUGGUGAGCAAACGCAACGGGAACAACACCAUCAUCGCGGCCAUCGCUGAAGUCCGAGUGCCAAGCCCAAGCAAAACUGACUACCUUGUGCCCCUCCUCAGCUCCGUCUUCAUUGUGAUCUGGGUCCUGGUGUUGGUCUCCAUAUUUCUUUGGUGCAUGCGUCACCGGCGGAAACAAAGCAACCACAAUGGGACUUCCACUACAGGCGCAGAGGACAACACCACUAACAAUGUGCGGGAGCAGCUGAACCAAAUCAAAAACCCUAUAGAGAAGCAUGUAGGCCUAACGGUGGCCAUCAAAGACUAUGAAAACAAGAACUCACUCAUAGCCAAAAUAAGGACAAAUCACCCCGAGGGGGAUGAGGACGACAAGGAGAGGCACCUACAGAAGGGCCGCUUUGCCAAACAGCCAGCAUACACACUAGUGGAGCGGGACGAGAAGACUCCCAUCUCCAACCCCAACUCUACAUCCAAACACCCAAACUGGACUAAUAAACAAGACAACAGAGACUUGGAGACAGCAAACAGCAUUAACAGGAUGGACUACAUUGUAUAG